AUGGUCGAUUUGAAGAGUGAGCGCUGCCAGUUUUGGCUCCCAAAGAAGAAUAGACUCUGUGCCAAUGCUCCUCUCCCUAAUUCCUCUUUCUGCGGCAACCACACACAAAGGUCCAAUCACCAAUGGAUUCAAUGCCCCCUUGACCCUUCUCACUCCGUACUCCAGCAUAAUCUUGAAAAUCACCUUACCAGAUGCCCCUCCCUCAAACAAGCUCAGUCUCUCUCCCUCCAACCCUAUUACCAAAAGGGCAUCAAUGCCGGCGGAGUCAUCGAUGAAGAUCAUACUGCUACUGCUUCACAUAUGAAGAGACGAGCUAUCUACAACAAGACUGUCCCUGAAUUCUGUGACUUGAUCCGCAAAAUCAAGAGCAUUCAUGCAUCCCUCUCCGAUAAUACCCGCAUUCAAGAUUCUUUCAAGAUUCCUCAAGCUUGUGCUGUUUGAUCUACUCGUAGACAAAUCGAUCGGAAGUUACCCUUCCAAGAGAAACAUGUUUUGCAGCAGGCCUCCAUCCUUGGUAACCUGGAAGAAUUUGGACUGUUGCGCAAGUCUGGUGUAGAGGAUGCUGUAAUUGAUGCGAGGACUCUAGACCGCAGCGAUGUUGAUGUUCCUGCUGUCGUGGAAUUUGGAGCUGGGAGGGGUUACCUGACCCAAUUGCUUGCUGACUGCUACGGGAUUAAAAAAGUGCUUUUGGUUGAGCGCAAGUCCUACAAGCUUAAGGCUGAUCGAAGUUUGAGACAAAUAGAGAACCUGAUGUUGGAGCGCUUGAGGAUCGAUAUUGAAGAUUUGAACUUGAAUGCUGUCGAGUCUUUGCAAGGGGUUCCUUAUUUGGCAAUUGGUAAACAUCUUUGUGGGCCGGCAACAGAUAUGACGUUGAAGUGUUGCAUAUUGGAACAAAGUGCUCAAAAUCAUGCUGAUCAGUUGAAAGCCAGUUGUUUCCUCAGAGGUCUCGCUAUAGCUACGUGCUGUCAUCAUCUUUGUCAGUGGAAACACUACAUAAAUAAGAACUACAUAUUGAAUCUCGGUUUGACCAAGGAAGAUUUCCAUGCAAUGACAUGGCUUACUAGCUGGGCAGUUGAUGCAGACCAUGGAUCGGACAUUUUUGUCGUUGACAGCUCGCCGAAUCUAAGUCUCAAUGAGAAGGAAGAGAUUGAAGCAGAAUUAAGUCAGUCUGGAGUGGGAGACGUUGUUAGGAAUAUGAGCGCUGUGGAGAGGGCAGUGGUGGGAUUCGUGUGUAAGGAUAUCAUUGAUGCUGGAAGAUUGAUGAGGCUCAAGGAGCGUGGAUUACAUCAAGUUGUAAAGUAUGUUCCACCCGGUAUCUCUCCUGAAAACCAUUUACUGAUUGCUAGGCAGGGCAAUGGAUUAUAA